AUGCAGCUCACUCUUCUCGCAUCCCUUGCUGCUGAUGUCAUCACCUAUGUGGAGAACGUCUUGAACGACGCCGAUGUCACCGUCGCCAAGCGUGCGCGUGAGGACUUGGCUGACGUCAUCGGUGGUAUGGCAUUUCCUGCAACUCACAAUUCGCUGCUGAAGGUUUUGAACAACAAUCUUGAUGUGAACGGUCUGACCAAGCGCGAAGGCUUGGCUAACGUCAUCGUUGACAUCGAGGACGAUUUGGAUAAUCUCAAUGUAAACGUUCUUACCAAGCGGCAGUAUUUGAUCGGCGUCGACGUCACAUCCUUUAGUCGGUUGAUGUGGGAUCUCUGGUCAUGGAUUUUUGCGUCUGCUUCAUCACAUUUACUCACUCGUAGCAAUCUGAUCGGUGCCCACCCGCCCAUCUCAGCUCACCUUGAAACCCUUAGACUUCGGCGAUUGUUUGGCGGGAUUCACACAUUACAUAGGUCAAGACGCGUGGCAGUGGAUGCAUUGAUGAGGUCGAAGCUCCGCUGGAAAUUACCUCCAAAAUACUGCGUCUUGGAUUACUGCAAAGAGGCCCGACAAUGGCUCCCCAACAAGUCACAGUUGUUCCCAAGCACUUCCAUCAUGUCUACCAAUGUUGUCGACGUUUCUGGCGAGAAAGAUACCCCGAGACCCAAUCAAUCAAUUCAAGCUACUAUUCAAAAGUACCUCGUCGGACCCGAGGAACAGAGGCGAGCAUACGGGGUUCUCGCCCGCCUACUAUUACAUGUUACCAGGACUCCGAACAGUCCCUUAGACUUUGACCCUCCAUGGGAGUACGAGGGUGGAACAGACUGGGUCAAGUUGGGACAAAGGGACACUACAAAUAACGCUCAUUCGUACGGUCGUACAGCCCCAAAAUCUGGGCCAGUAGGGCGUGAUUGGAGGCGCUGCAGAACGAUGUUCGCAAUCCGGGUGGGAGACUGGAUCAGCAGGGCGGAGAGACUGCAGCCGCCCAUUGAGCGCUCACCCCAUAAUGCUUAUUUCAGCGACAACAAAGCUGGAUGGUGGUGUAUAUCCAGCACGAACACGAUCAUUUUAGACGAUGUCGGUGAUGUGGUCUUCACUGCGUUGCAAUGGCUGCUGCGAGCUUGUUCAUCCGAGGCUCGUUACCAAAGAUUUUUUCGGGCAAUAUCUUGA